AUGAUUCCUGCGCUGAUCUGUGUUUUGAUUUCCCUGAGUCUAGCAGACAACAGCUUGGACACUCUGUACCCCGAACUGGAGCACUCCAGAACCAUCUAUGUCACAGAGGAUGGCCCUCGACUCUCGGUGGUGGCGGAACAAUCAAAGGUGCUGUCGAGGCGAGGGGGGAACACUACCUUGCCAUGCAAGAUCCAAAGGGACCAGUCACUGGCGCCUAAUCGCAAGAUGAGGAUCAAAUGGACCAAGCUGACCUCAGACUACCUGAAAGAGGUGGAUGUUUUUGUUGCCAUGGAUUAUCACAAAAGGAGUUACGGCAGUUUCCAUGGACGUGUCCACUUACAAGGCUCCUCACCCAUGGACGCCUCUCUGGUCAUCACAGAAAUCACCCUGGAAGAUUAUGGGAGAUAUAAAUGUGAAGUUAUUGAUGGGCUGGAAGAUGGAACUGCGGUGGUGUCUCUCGACCUUGAAGGUGUUGUCUACCCGUACUUCCCCCGCCUGGGUCGCUACAACCUCAAUUUCUUCGACGCUGAGCGGGCAUGUCGUGACCAGGAUGCCAUUGUGGCGUCCUUCGACCAGCUGUAUGAUGCCUGGCAAGGAGGGAUGGACUGGUGCAACGCUGGCUGGCUGAAUGACGGCUCGGUCCAGUAUCCCAUCCACACCCCCAGGGAACCCUGUGGAGGCAAGAACACAGUGCCGGGCAUUCGCAACUAUGGCCAGAGAGACAAGGACAAGAACCACUACGAUGUCUUCUGCUUCACGUCCCACUACAAAGGUCGGUUCUACUACCUGAUCCAUCCCUCUAAGUUGACCUAUGAUGAGGCGGUCAGGGCUUGCGAAAAAGACGGUGCUCAGAUUGCCAAGGUCGGCCAGAUGUAUGCCGCCUGGAAGCUGCAGGGCUAUGACCGCUGUGACGCUGGCUGGUUGGCUGAUGGAAGUGUCCGUUACCCCAUCUCCCAUCCCCGCCGGCGCUGCAGUCCCACAGAAGCUGCUGUGAGGUUCGGCGGCUUCCCCGACAAGAAGCACAAGCUGUACGGAGUGUACUGCUUCAAGGGCCACAACUGA